AUGCCAGCAGACGCUGAGCUUAGCACCCUGCUUAACAGGCGCCAAAAGAUCAAUGACGAACUCGAGGAAGGCAAAGAGGUCAAAAAACAAUACAAAUUUAUCAAUGUUUUCACCGAAUUUCAUGAACUCACGAGGCGCGAGAUCAAACAAUACGAACAAACCUUCAACCGAUUUGAUGAUGGACGUGAUGGUUUCCUGGACUUGGCAGAACUAAAACGCAUGAUGGAAGUUCUUGGCGCGCCUCAAACCCACCUUGGACUUAAAGCCAUGAUUAAGGAAGUUGACGAAGAUGGUGAUGGUCGAAUCUCCUUCCGCGAGUUUCUCCUGAUUUAUCGCAAAGCACGAGCAGGGGAGCUGGAGCAGGAUUCUGGUUUGGGUCAACUUGCACGUCUUACGGAAGUCGACGUCGACGCAGUUGGAGUAACAGGCGCUAAAAACUUCUUUGAAGCCAAGAUCGAACAAUUGAACAAAGCGAGCAAAUUCGAGGACGAGAUUCGAAUGGAACAGGAAGAUCGAAAACGCGAGGAGGAAGAAAAAGCCGCAAGAAGAGCACAGUUUCGGGAAAAGGCGGCCUUGUUUGGCAAAAAUUGAGAGAAAAAAGUCCAAUUUCUGAAAUGUUUUCUAAUUGUUUAUACUCGGUACUUCGGAUUUCUUGCGUUAACACCGAGGAAAUAGUCGCAUUGUUACGGAGCAUAUAGUUCUAAAAUCUAGAUGCUAAAAUAUCAUUGCUAAUUCGUUACUUCCUGAUAGAACAUUCUUCACGGCAGAAGUAUUUCUGACAACGAAAAGAUAUUGUCAAGCUCAUCUCCGGGCGAUGUUAAUCUAUUUUAUAUGUCCUGUUACAAAUUUCUAUCUCUAUACUGAUUUCUCUAUACAAUUUGCAUGAAUUCGAGGAAAGAUGCAGAUAUAAAAUCUCGUCUGAAAGUUCCAUUCAGAAGUAUCGGUAGAAAUUUGGUAUUUACGAAUACAUAGGAUUUGUUUUUAGUCAAUUUGUUAAAAUUUUACAGGACUUUAGGAAAAUGACAAGGUCUUUUGUGGUGUUUCGUUUUAAGGGGAGAGAGUCAAUAGAAGAUUUUACGCUAUAUUUAAAAUUAUUUCUUGCAUUUUAUUGCUACAGUAUUCAAACA